AUGUCGAACCACAUCAAGAACGUCGCGAUAGUUGGCGCCGGCGGGCAGAUUGGCAGUCACAUUGUCCGCGCCCUGGUGGCGCAAGGGAAGCACAACAUCACGGCCAUCACGCGCGAGGGGUCCGAGAAUCAGAUUCCGGACGGCGUCGCUCGUCGCACGGUCAAUUACGAGAACCACGCCUCGCUUGUGUCCGCCUUGGAAGGCAACGACUUCUUGAUCGUCACGCUGGCGGUGACCGCGCCGGUGGAAACAAGCGCAUUGCUCUUCAAGGCUGCGGCAGAGGCGAAGGUUCCCUGGGUCAUGCCCAAUCUUUUCGGGACGGACUGCAGCGACCCGAACGCCGAGGAAGCGAUCCGCAUGCAGUUUGAGAGCCAGCGCAGUGUUCUUGAAGGCCUAGGCUUGAGCUGGGUUGCCAUCGCCUGUUCGUUCUGGUACGAGUUCUCACUCGCUGGCACGUCAGACAGAUACGGCUUCGACUUUCGGAACAAAAAGGUGACUUUCUAUGACGACGGUGAGACUCCCAUCCAUACGACGACGUUUCCUCAAGUCGGGCGGGCUGUCGCUUCGCUGCUGGCUUUGGCCGUAGCACCAACAGACCCGAAGGAUACUUCGCCGACUUUGGCCACCUUUCGAAACAAGUUCGUGCACAUUGCCUCCUUCCGUAUCUCGCAAAAGGACAUGUUUGCCUCCGUCUUGCGUGUCACGAAGACGCAAGAGAGCGAUUGGGACAUCUCGUACGAGAACAGCAAGGAUCGUUUCGAUCGCGCCAAAGCUGCCAUGCUGUCUGGUGAUCGCAUUGCUUUUGGUCGCAUGCUCUAUGCCCGCGGAUUCUUCCCUGGAGACACCAACAUGUGUAAUUUCGAUCGUUACGGCUUAGACAACAAGCUGUUGGGGUUGCCCGAAGAGAGCCUAGACGAGUUUACUCAAGUAGCAGUCGACAUGGUCAACGAGAACUACAUCGAGAAGAAGUACGCGGCACUGCAAAACGCUGGAGGGAACAGGGUCGCAAUGGCGCUUUAUGGCGAAAAACAAUCUGAGUAG